AUGAAUGAUAAACAACCUCUCUUAAACCCCUCCAGUAAAUUAUUUACUGAUGAUGAUGAUACUAAUAAUGGAAGUAAGAAACAACUUUUGAUAAAUAGUUUUUCUGAUUGGCACCGAUGUUUCAAUAGAAAAGAGAGCGAGAAUAAAUACAUAAAACUAGAUGAUGAUACUGAACAUAAUGACAAAGAUGAACCAGUUGGUGUUUUUCGUUUAUUUCAAUUUGCAAACCAUAUCGAUAUGCUUCUGAUGUUUAUUGCUAUGAGUUUGAUGUUACUGCAGAUGACUUGCAUUAUAGCUAAUCAAAUUCUCGUCGCUCGACUCACAGGAUUAUUUGCUAUUAAAUCAUUUGGUGAUGAUUGUGAUCAUGAACAACAAAAUUUUACAGCUCCAAUAAAGAUCAAUAAUAGAUAUUCUCUAGGUAUUGAUCUCAAUAUAUUUAACAAUGCUCUGUUACAUAAGUAA